ACAGCGCAGUGAACGCUGAAGCCGAGCUACAGUGGUGAUGGGCGCCAGCAGUCAGACGAGAGUCUAGAGCAAAAGAGGCGGCUCUUCCCAAGGGAACAGGGGGCCAGAGGAAAGGCGCGGACAAGAGCGCAAGCUCGCCCACCGGCUCGGUAGGGGUACAGCCUCCAGCUCACCCUGCGGAAGGGCGCGCGGCCCAGGUCCAGGCCCAAGCCCGGCCCGCGCAUGCGCCGCGGGCCCUCGGCUCCCCUCCCUCUUCCUGGCGGGUCUGGGGCGGCGGCGGCGCGGUGACGUCAGGGCGUUGGGGCAGCUCCUGUGACAGACGGAGCUGGAGCGGCGGGGCGGCGGCGGAGUCCGGCGGCCGAGAUAGCGAGUGAGGGAGCGAAGGAGCAGCGACCCGAGAGUCGGGGAGCGAGGAGGAGCCGGAGGGGAGCGCUCAGGCGCGAGCGAGAGAACGCGCGGACGCUGGGCUAGGGCUCGAGCCCCGGAACGGCUGAGGAGCCCGCCCGCGGCCCUCCCCUCCCCCUCCCCGGGACCGGGCCCAGCGCGCCAUCCUCCCCCUCCCUCCCUCCCUCCCUCCUUUCUCCCUUCCCUCUCCCUCCCCCUCCCCCGCUGGUGGAUGGGAGUGAAGGACGGAAGAGGCCCUGCGGAGGCGGCGGUGCAGCGCUCCGGUGGAAUGAACCUCACUUGUUGACUGGUUGCUGAUUGGAUUCACUUGAAAAAAGAAUCAUUUUUCCCUCUGUGGAAGCCACAUAGUGGCAUAUUUAAUUCAAAUCCAGGGAUCACAACUUUUGAUUUUUCUGGAGGGACAUACCACUAUAUCAAAUAAGCUUGACAUUACAGCCAAAAUGGUGCUGUCCCAGAGACAACGAGAUGAACUAAAUCGAGCUAUAGCAGAUUAUCUUCGUUCAAAUGGCUAUGAAGAGGCAUAUUCCGUUUUUAAAAAGGAAGCUGAACUAGAUAUGAAUGAAGAAUUAGAUAAGAAGUAUGCUGGUCUUUUGGAAAAAAAAUGGACAUCUGUUAUUAGAUUACAAAAAAAGGUAAUGGAAUUAGAAUCAAAACUAAAUGAAGCAAAAGAAGAAUUUACGUCAGGUGGUCCUCUUGGUCAGAAACGAGACCCAAAAGAAUGGAUUCCCCGUCCACCUGAGAAAUAUGCACUGAGUGGUCAUCGGAGUCCAGUUACUCGAGUCAUUUUCCAUCCUGUGUUCAGUGUUAUGGUCUCUGCUUCAGAGGAUGCUACAAUUAAGGUGUGGGAUUAUGAGACUGGAGAUUUUGAGCGAACUCUCAAGGGCCAUACAGACUCUGUACAGGACAUUUCCUUUGACCACAGUGGCAAGCUUCUGGCUUCCUGUUCUGCAGAUAUGACGAUUAAAUUAUGGGAUUUUCAGGGUUUUGAAUGCAUCAGAACCAUGCACGGCCACGACCACAAUGUCUCUUCAGUAGCCAUCAUGCCUAAUGGAGAUCAUAUAGUGUCUGCGUCAAGGGAUAAAACUAUAAAAAUGUGGGAAGUGCAAACUGGCUACUGUGUGAAGACAUUCACAGGACACAGAGAAUGGGUACGUAUGGUGCGGCCAAAUCAGGAUGGCACUCUGAUAGCCAGCUGUUCCAAUGACCAGACUGUGCGUGUGUGGGUUGUAGCAACAAAGGAAUGCAAGGCUGAGCUCCGAGAACAUGAACAUGUGGUAGAAUGCAUUUCCUGGGCUCCAGAAAGUUCAUAUUCUUCCAUCUCUGAAGCAACAGGAUCUGAGACUAAAAAAAGUGGCAAGCCUGGACCUUUCUUGCUAUCUGGUUCCAGAGACAAAACUAUUAAGAUGUGGGACGUCAGUACUGGCAUGUGCCUUAUGACUCUUGUGGGUCAUGAUAAUUGGGUACGUGGAGUUCUGUUCCAUUCUGGGGGGAAGUUUAUUUUGAGUUGUGCUGAUGACAAGACUCUCCGUGUAUGGGAUUACAAGAACAAGCGAUGCAUGAAGACCCUCAAUGCGCAUGAACACUUUGUUACCUCCUUGGAUUUCCAUAAGACGGCACCCUAUGUGGUUACUGGAAGUGUAGAUCAAACAGUAAAGGUGUGGGAGUGCCGUUGAUUGAGUCACAUUUGGUUCUUCCUCCCUUUUUUCCUCUGGAUGCACUCUGAUGAUACCAUGGUUACCCCAUUUGAGCUCUGUUUAAAUAAAUAUUGUCCUUUCAUGUAAAUUAUUCUGGAUGUAGAUUGAGCUUAUUAAAUGUUACACACAAAGUAUUCAUGCAUGGUGAAUCCAAAUUGUAUACUGUAAAUUUACAUAUGUUGUCUAGAAGUACCAUAGGGUUUAAAAACCUGGGCUGGCAUUGGUCACACCAGGCCUACAAGGGCAGAAGUUGAAUAAAUUGAACUAGGGCACUAAACUGAAUAGUUGACAGUGUCAUUUUAUGUUGGAUUAUUAAUUAUUGUUUUUUUUCCUGCUAUCUGUUGGUGCCUGACUUGAUGGCCUCAUUUUGGGGAAAGUUGUGGUUAUUAGGGCUUUUUCUGAAAUGUGUAUCUAUGUAACAUCACUUAAGUGUGCUUAAUAAAUCUUUAAGGGUGUUAGAUAAUAAGACUACAAUUCAGAAUCUUUUGCUACAUCUGUGUAAUGGGGAUUACACAUUGAAGUUUUUGUCAUGACCCCUUUGCCAAAUCAAUAGGAUAUGUUUGUUUUGGCAGCCUAUCAGGCAAAGGCUAGUGGUUUAUUUAUGUAAGAAAAUGAUCGUAAAUCUCAAGAAAAAUCUCAGCAGCUAAUAGUGAAUCCUUUUUCAUUUGGGUCUUACUGCUUUGUAAACAGGUCAGGAAACACUGUCCUACUUUAAGCUUCUCUUUUCCAUACUAGACAUACAAGUUGUAUUCUCCAUACUGUUGGACUGUGUAGUGAUGUGACCCCCCCCCAGUAGAAUUUGAUCUUCCCAUUGAGUGUCAUGCUACAAAUCACUAUGUGUUUAUGACGUUUUUAGGGAUGUGCCAUGUGCAUGUCAGAAAGACAAAUGCUGACAAAGCUGCAUGCGCAUUUUAAAGGAGUGGAAGGAACAGUUUCCAACAUGAACCUGAUAACAAUUUGAGCUGUUUGACUUACAAGUUAUAAAAAAAGUGACAGGGUUAAAUGAAGCAUGCAUAGAAAUAUUUUUUUUCAUCUUUUGUUUAUAUGUAAAUGUUUAUAAGUAUGUGGGCCUAUCUAUAAGUGGAUAUGUCUAUAUAUGUAUAUCACACACAUACAACCUCCAUGUUGUUGGGUCUUGCGUUUUUGAAGAAGUGCUCAAACACAUGCAUAGAGUAAAUCUUGCUGGGGAAUACCAACCACAGCCAUGCUUUAGAAUAGACUCUUCUGAUGUUUCUAACUCUGAGGGGCUUUUCUAAGCUAAGAGAAAGUCACUUCCUCUGUUCUCCCCUCUAAUGUGGCCAUCCACCAUUUUACACAUUCCUGAUAGGUUGUAUAUUUUGGUCCAGAGUUACUACAGUAGGUUUAAGAGAAUUUUGCCCAUGACUUUUGGAACACUAUUCCAUUGUCAGUUGUUAAUAAAGAAUUUAUCGCCUAGCUAACCAACUUUUUUCUUUUUAAGAAGAUCAAUUUGAAAGGUUAACAGAAACAGUAACAUAACAGUGACAGUCUAACAAUGGCAACUUUUUUCUGGACUGCAUUUUAUUCAUUUGUAUAAUAGAUGAUUUUUUAAAAUGUCCCUUUAAGUAUUGAAUGGAAAUUUCAUUCCUGAAAGGAGAAGGGGUGAGAAUUAAUGUCCUGUAGAUAUACACAAGAGAUUAGGCUCUGGCAGCAGCUCACUGUCUAGCUUGUGUCUUUGUUUGUUCACUUGUUUGUUCUUAAUAUCCCUCAGAGAUUUCUCUAUAAAGGAAAAGUGUUUUGAGAAUCAAGUGGCUAUUCUUGAGAACAAAAACCCCAUCGUGAUUCCAUAAACACUGUAGGUUAGCUUUUAGGACAACAUUGCCUCACAACCCUGCUUACAUUAAAAAGUCUUUUUCUCCUAGCUGUUCUGACUGGAUUUUUCUCUAAAAGCUAUGGAAAAUAUCUUCGUUCUCAUUUGCUGCUAUUUCCUGUCCUAUUUCAAGAAUAUAAAUACAUAGAAAUGGUGCAUCUUAACAUUUGUUUGUAUGUGUUAAAAUGUUUUGUCUUUUAAUUCAGUUUUAGCAUGUAGCAAUAUGAAUUGUUAAAGGGUAAGCCACAACAUCUAGACAUCAUUCAUAGAAACAAUAAAGAAUGGUACCAAUGUAGAGGAGCAAAGCUGCUGUUGAUGGGUUUCCUCCCCUGCAGCAGUGCCUCACUGACAACAGAGGAGGGAGUGCUCUGUAACAAAGCUGUCCUUACUUGGGAGAUUGCCACAGCCUGCUGCUUAGCUGAGUUACCAGACAUCCUCCACUUAAGCAGCAGCAAACAUUGAAUCUCAGGGAUGGUCCACAGCUGGAUCCAAACAUAACGAGCCCUGUUUGAAUAAUGAAGGGUGGCGGGGCAACAUCCACAUCUGGCAUCGGAUUUGCAAAGGUUUCUUGCACUGUUGUUUGACACUGCCCUGUUGAUGCCCUUACUCUUAUGUUACUGUUUUCUCUGUCUGCUGUCUAACCCUGUGCCUUGCCUGGGAUAAGGACAAUGAUAAAGUUAGAGGUUUUGGUUGUAAGUAGAGGACUUUUAUGAAUUGGUUAGCGGUUCACUGCUGCUUUGUUACUUUCUUGAGUCAGAUUGGCUGCUUAUUAAGAAAUAAAAAGCUGAUAGAAUUGUGAUGAUUGUUGAUUGUGUGUGUAAACAGACAUUCCAGUGCCACCUAUAACACAGUGUGCCCAAGAAGUCCUAACCGCAUGGAGAGUGCAAGCUGCAGGUUUGUGUAGACAUGACCUGGAGAAUAGUUGCUUUUGACAUGACAUCUUGCACUUUAGGAGACUAAGACCGUCCUGUUCUGUCUGCAUGUGGUGUGACCAAUGGUGUGCUCAGAGCACUACCCACAAUCACUAGUGUUAGCAAGCCGUCCCGGGCCGUGAUGCACUAUUAGUCCUUUGGAAGCUUUGGCUUUAGGCUCACCAAGCCCAGUCUCCUGUUUGCCUCUUUCUGUUCUUUGUGAACUUCCAGAUAAUACCACUCACUAAAGUUUAUUUUUUUGUUUUUUAAUUUAAAGAAAAACUAUUUAAAAAUAAGGACAUUUUGUUCGUUGACAGUGGUGGCUUGAUAAUCCUUAAGCAACAGUUGAAAGAGAAGGGAAAGGCACUUAAAAAGGUUACUCUUCCUGUCCAGCUGUAUAUAAACCCAAUGUGUUGGUUAAUCUAGAUGGUGCAAAAAGGAAUGUCAUGGUAGACAAGCAACAUGAGCAAAAUUGGAAGAAAAGUUUUGGGUUUUUUUUCCAGUGGGCUGGGUUGGGUGGGAUGGGGUAAGCUGGACUCACAAGUCACGACUGGACGGGCCUUUUAAUCCUUUCACUGUAUCAUGUAAGUAGCUGCUUUCUCGCCUGCUUAUCCUUCAGGCAUCCCCAAAGCUCACUCUGAAGACGUUAGAAAUAAACACAAACUCUACGAGUUAGAAGUCGAUCCUGACACUGACAUGAAGGCAAGCAUUGAUUUCAUAUGAACGUUGCAGAGGUGGUAAUUGGAGAAAACAGUUCCCCAGAUUGUAAGAGUUCACCGAAGAUAUCGACAAAAUUUUAAAAAUCAGUAAAGGAAUGUAUAUAAUAUUGCUCUUGUGUUUUACAGUAAGAUUUGUUGCUCUCAGACUGUGUAAAACAAAAUUUAUUCAUGUUUUCUGCAUAUUAAAAAUCUUAUUGUACCAAUUGGUAAACUAUUAAAUGCCUAUAAAACUA